CGGGAAGGGAGACAGUUGACUGAGAAUGCCCGUUCUUGUUCUGGGCUGUGGGUUGACUUUGACGAAGGGGUCUCGCCUAUCUCUCCAUUAUACUUCGUAUAUGAGUAUAUCCCUCUAAAGCAUUAAUAAUGAAUGAAUUCCGUAUGUACGAAGCAUUUGGCAGCAGAUUUGUUUUGGUCCACAUACAUUUGUUGUGCGAAUCGUUCAAACUAAAUAUCAUACUGUAUUACUGUAUAGAUGUUUCCUCAAGUCAGAGAAAGACAAAGUUGAACCAGUCGUCCACUAAUCAAAAGCUCUAAUUACUCCGUAUCUGAUAGAUAUCUCCCCUGUUUCUGUGUUCUGAUGGCAGGCUUCAUUACGCACAUUCAUUCAAGGCAGAGAAAAGAAGAAAGCUUGAGGAGACUUUAGUAUGGGAAUUUGCUGGAGUUUUGCUUCAAAUAAUCAGACUCCACCUGCCACUUCUACUACUACUUUGGGACAUCUUACUUCUUCUUCGGCUGGAAUUUCACACACAACAAGCAACAUAACAACGUCGACGUCGUCAGCUUUGAGUGGCAAAAGCGCUGCCUCUGGCGGGACUAGCAGCAGCAAAUUCUCAGCAGCCGAGCCUUCCAGCGGUGGCGAUGAUGACAUGCUCGGUGAAGAAGGUCGGAUAUUAUCACACCCCAAUUUGAGAAUCUUUACUUUUGCUGAGCUCAGGGCUGCCACAAGGAACUUCAGGAGCGACACGGUGCUUGGAGAAGGAGGGUUUGGCAAGGUUUACAAAGGCUGGAUCGAAGACAGGGGCGGCACCACCGCCUCAAAGAGUGGCAGUGGAACCGUCAUUGCAGUAAAGAAACUCAAUUCUGAAAGUUUUCAAGGGUACGAGGAGUGGCAGUCAGAAGUGAACUUUCUGGGAUGUCUCUCUCAUCCAAAUCUCGUCAAGCUCAUAGGAUACAGUUGGGAUGAGAAAGAACUACUCCUUGUAUAUGAGUUCAUGCAGAAGGGAAGCUUAGAGAAUCAUCUUUUCGGAAGGGGAUCUGCGGUUAACCCACUUCCUUGGGAGGUAAGGCUCAAAAUCCUGAUUGAUGCAGCUCGAGGUCUGGCAUUCCUCCAUGCAUCAGAGAACAAAGUGAUUUAUAGAGAUUUCAAGGCCUCAAACAUAUUACUUGAUGGCUCAUAUAAUGCAAAGAUAUCAGACUUCGGCUUAGCAAAGUUUGGACCUUCAGCCAGCCAAUCACAUGUCACCACUCGAGUUAUGGGAACACCCGGGUAUGCUGCCCCUGAGUAUGUUGCAACAGGUCAUUUGUAUGUAAAAAGCGACGUGUAUGGUUUUGGUGUGGUUGUGGUGGAGAUGCUAACAGGAUUAAGGGUGAUAGACCCGAACCGACCAAAUGGACAACAAACUCUCGUUGAAUGGAUUAAGCCACAUCUUGCAGAGAAAAGGAAGCUGAAGGAUAAAAUGGAUUCACGGUUGGCAGGAAGGUAUCCUUCCAGAGCUGCCGUACAGAUUGCUCAACUUGCUUUGUCAUGUCUAGGAUCUGAGCCUAAGAUGAGGCCUUCUAUGAAAGAAGUAGUGGCAACAUUGGAACAAAUUGAGUCUGUAGAUGAGAGACCAGGACCAACAAGGAAGGCAACUAAUAAUUCCAGAAACACUAAAUCUUAUAGACACGGUGGCAGUGACCACCGACCUUUGCGUCACUCUCCUCCCCCUCUUCACCCACCUCGGAAAGAUCCAAUCCGCAGCCGGACAUAAUUGAAUAUUGCUGUUUUGUUCAUGCCAUUGGUUUUUUCCUUCAUUCUAAUAAUGUAUAUAGUGGCACUAAAAUUUUGUGCCUGGUGUAUCAUAUGUAAGAGAAUUUCAUGUGGUUCAUAUAUGGAAUGUGAAUCCAAGAAUGUAACCAUUACUUCCAACAAUCUUUUGUGUAAAAGAUUGUGUGAAAGUUUCUUUCUAAUAGCAUACCCCAAUAUUCUCUUUUAGCGACACCGCUGUUCUCAACAUAGAUAAAGAUUAAAACUUUGACGAUGAUAGUUGCUACACUAGAAUAGCAAAAUGUUGUUUUGCC